CUGGAGAGCUCGGCGCGUGCUGUGCUCACCAGUGCCCACCAAAGCGUGGGAAACCUGUGUUUGUGCCUCGAGCGCCACGAUCGUCCUAAAACUGCGUCCGCCAGUCCGAAGCCGGCGCCCCGGCCAGGCUCGCGGCCCGGCCAUCGGUCUUCAUGUCCGUAGUCUUCACACCGCUGCUCACCGCGGCUGUGGCGCCCGCGGCGUGGCGCCUUCUCCAGGGCGUCCCCGCUGAGGUGGCGCUAGGAGCGAGCGGCUCGCUCCAGGGAGCGCCACCCUGCCUCGCCACGUUGGAAAAGGUGGGCAAGGGCCACGCUGCGGCGUGGCGGCUCGCGGACUUCCGUACUGAGGAGACCGGCAUGCAGGCCCGCCUCGCGCUGGACCGCAACCCCGCCGAGCCGUGCUGCAAGCUCAUGUUUGUCGGCGGUCGCAGCGGUCAGCGCGAGAAGCUCGGCCACAUGCUGCUCGCGUGCGACGAGGAUGGCUCCGCGCUUCGCGGCAUGCGGAUCCGAGAGGACCUCCGCGGACGUGGGCUGUCCAAGCUGCUGCUGGCGGUGUGGCUGCGCCUGUGCCUCGAGGCGGGACUCACGCCGCGCACGCGCACCAUCAACAAGCCGCUCCUCUCCCUCUCGCUCGCGGCCUUUGGCUUCGCGCCCACCAACCAGCGAGGCAUGCUCGUGCGCGUCUCCGCCGCCAAGCGCGCGCGCGACUGCGUCCGCAGCACCUCGGCGCACGCGCCUGGCAGGACCGCCUAUAUCCGCACCGCCUUUGAGGCGCCCGACGCGGCCACGCUCCGCGCCGCCGUCGACCGGCAGCUUCGGCAUGGCAACCUCGAGCUGGGCGUGCCGCCUGCGGCGCUGCGACCGAUCCACACUGGAUCGACCCCGGAGGCGGCCAAGGCAGCUGGCGAGGCCGCAGCGAACGCGAUCCGGAUGGGGAGGCCUUACGAGGAGGCCGUGCGGGCGGGGGACACCCUUGCAGAGGAGCUCAAGGUCGAACCAGCCGAGAUCUUCUCCGAUGAGAGCAUUCAGGCGCUGCUCGAGGCGAAGCCGGAGACGGCCGACGCCGUCCGCGAGGCGGGCGGCCAGAUGCCCCAGAAGGCUGCCGAGGUGAUCGCCACUUUGGUCAAGGUCUGGAAGGAGGAGAAGGCUGCCAACGAGGCCGAGGCGCUGAGGGCCGACGUUAGCGCGCUACGCGGCCUCCCGCGCGAUGGCCUCAUCGCCCUCGCCGACGACAUCCUCGUCACCGUCCUCGCGGUCCCCGUGCCGGCGCGAAAUUCGCGCAACGCGGCCGACUUGCUCUUGCCGCGCCGCCGUGCGACCAACGAGGACGACGACGGCUCGCGGUCCAACACGCCGCAGCUCAACAUGCCGGCGCGGCUGCAGUCCAUCGAGAGCGAGCUGAUGCCGCGCCGGGCGUCGGCGGCGGACCCGAUCGAGCACGGCCUCGAGGGCUUCGCGGAGGAGUAUAGCCCAUGA